UAGUGAUCGAGGUAAGCUUCUGCCAUCUCAAACCAUGUCUUAAAACGUCAAAAUUUUUGAGGUGUCUACCGUUAUUUUCUCGAAAGCAUGCUAUCUCGAGCACUGUGGCAGGUAAGAUUCUUAUUUUACGUGUAUGGCUCGCUAUAUUGGAUAUUUGAAUUCAAAACCCUUCUAACUGCGCGUGCCCAAAAAUUGUCAAAUAUCAAAACAAAAGUGACAGCUCGAUCAUAUGGUUUGUGUUGUGCCGGUUAUGUAAUUUGAUUCUAAAAUCCUACAGAAAUAAAAAUGUUUUCUAGUAAACUGGUAAAGAGAUGUUUAAUACCAGCGGCAGCUGUCGUGGCUGAAGCAAAAGCACAUUCAGAACCAGAGUACCCAAGAGUUUGCAGACCCAGCGAGUUGCCUAUUUAUAUACCCGAACCUGUAUGUAAUGUUAAACACAAGGUUGUAGAAGCACCUGGGAUACUAGAGUCUACCAUAAGAGAUACACGAGAAACUAUCACCAAGUACUCGGACGAAGUUAAAGCCUACCAAAGAGUUACACAGGAGCAUAUUUCUAAGAGCAAGGAAAAUAUUCAGUGGCUGGUUGACUAUCUGCAUGAAGAAGAUAACACUCUGCCAAGAGCAGGUGCUGUGGGCAUUGGCGCAUUGGCUGGUCUGAUAUUUGGCUUAAGAGGGGGGAUCAUCAAGAGAACGCUGUAUGCUACGGCAGGUGCUACUGGAGUUGCAGCUAUUUGUUAUCCUAGCGAGGCCUCAGAGUACUCAAAAGUAGGAACCACAGAGGCCAAGAAAUAUCUGACUGUAGCGUACAAUUUUGUUUAUGGAGAUGCUCCCGAAACAAAAGCACCACAGGAACAGGUAAUUGCAUCCUCUGAGCCUGAUCCCGAACCUUCCGAUUCCCAAAUCCAAGAUCCUCUCAAAAUCAUCGCAAAGGCCCACGAAGAGUCUGUAGAAAAGCAAUGCCAUUGUCCCAUAGGUGCAUGUCUAGGACGUGAGGAGGUUGCCCAAAACCCGGAAAACCGAACAGAAAAUGUGGCACAUCUUCCAGAUGCUUUGGAUGCGCUUCAAUUUGGCAUGGCCCAAGAUUGAAUUCGAAAUUUUCAAGUGAUACGUAUGCUCUCGAAAACUUUAUUUUUAUACAAGGUCGCACCCCCAUUUGUGACUCUCCUGGUAUAUUUUGGAGAGAACGCUCGCAGAUCUGUAACAUAACCUCAAAAUAGCGCGCUGACACGGAACAGUAGAAAACUAUGAAAAUCAAGGAGGCCAUAAAGGCGUCUUACAAUUUUGUAUUUGAUUUUCAUAGUCGUUCCUAUCCGUCAGCGCUCUAUUUUGAGGUUAGAUUUUCUUUUUGACUUUAAGUAAUUUCAGGCUGGUAAAACUUGAUUUUUAUCAUCCUAAAAUUUCGCAAGAUUCAAAAAGAAAACAUAACCUCACAAUAGGAGAGCGCUCACGCUGACACAGAACAGUAGAAACCUAGAAAUACCCCAGCUUUUCUGAAUGAGAAAAAAAGACUAUGAAAAUCAAGAAUUCCAUAAAGGCGUCCUACAGUAAUUGACGAUACGGCCUUAGUCAUAGAUUGCAUUUAAUUUCAAGAUACGUGAACCCUUGUUGUCAAAGUUAUCGUUUUGUGUAUAUAAAACGACUACUAUCAAUUUGUUUCUAUGGAGAGCAAUGCAUUCUUCCAAAUUCUGACUACUAAGUUUACUCUUGCUACCCAUAUUAUGUUUGAAAACGUACUUACUCGCUAUUCAUUUCUUUUUAGGUUCCAAAAUCAAAGUGAAUAUCCGCUUCGACGC